CAGCGGCGCCGCGGCGGAGCCACCGCCCCCACCGCUGUGCGGCUGCUUCGCCCCACUGGGGACCCGGGGAGCGCCGCGCCGGGCGCCCAGAUGGUACUCGGCCGGCGGCGGCGGCUGCGGCGGAGGGAGGAUGACCUCUCCUCGGGAGCGGGGUGCCGACCUGGCCCGUUUCUACACGGUCACCGAGCCUCAGCGACACCCGAGGGGCUACACGGUGUAUAAGGUCACCGCCCGGGUUAUUUCACGAAGAAAUCCAGAGGAUGUCCAGGAGAUAAUCGUGUGGAAGAGAUACAGUGACUUUAAGAAACUACACAAGGAACUAUGGCAAAUUCAUAAAAACUUAUUUCGACAUUCAGAAUUGUUUCCUCCAUUUGCUAAAGGAAAAGUGUUUGGACGAUUUGAUGAAACUGUUAUUGAAGAGAGAAGACAGUGUGCCGAAGACUUGCUACAGUUCUCUGCCAAUAUUCCUGCUCUUUAUAACAGUAAACAGCUUGAAGAUUUUUUCAAGGGUGGAAUAAUUAAUGAUGGUUCUGAAUUGAUUGGUCCUGUUGAAGCUUAUUCGGAUUCCCUCACUGAUAGCUUUCCUGAGUGUAGUACGGAAGGCUUCUCCAGUGACAGUGACCUGAUAUCUCUUACUGUCGAUGUGGAUUCCCUUGCUGAGUUAGAUGAUGGAAUGGCUUCCAAUCAAAAUUCUCCCACUAGAACUUUUGGUCUCAAUCUUCCUUCGGAUCCUUCAGCACUAGGGGCUGUUGCUUAUGACAGUGAGCAGAACAAGACAGAAGAACGGGAAAAUCGUAGCCUCUUUCCUGGCAGUUUAAAAUCCAAGCUUGGCAAGAGAAAUUAUUUGGAGAAAGCAGGAGAAUUCAUAAAGCUGGCUUUAAAGAAGGAAGAAGAAGAUGACUAUGAAGCUGCUUCUGAUUUUUAUAGGAAGGGAGUUGACUUACUUCUAGAAGGUGUACAAGGAGAGUCAAGCCCUACCCGGCGAGAAGCUGUGAAGAGAAGAACAGCAGAGUAUCUCAUGCGAGCAGAGAGUCUCUCUAGCUUUCAUAGAAAAGCUCAAUUUGAUGAAGUAGCUCAGCCUCCAGGAUCACUAAGUUCAAGGCCCCCUUGGAACCUAAGGAGCCCUGCCGAGGAGCUGAAGGCCUUCAGAGUCCUUGGGGUGAUUGACAAGGUUUUACUUGUAAUGGACACAAGGACAGAACAGACCUUCAUUUUAAAAGGUCUAAGGAAAAGCAGUGAAUAUAGCAGGAACAGAAAGACCAUCAUCCCCCGCUGUGUGCCCAACAUGGUGUGUCUGCACAAGUACAUCAUUUCUGAGGAGUCGGUAUUUCUUGUGCUGCAGCAUGCAGAAGGUGGCAGACUGUGGUCAUAUGUCAGUAAAUUUCUCAACAGAAGUCCUGAAGAAAGCUUUGACAUCGAGGAAGUGAAAAAACCUGCACUUACGAAAGUUCACCUGCAACAGCCAACUUCCAGUCCUCAGGACAGCAGCAGCUUUGAAUCCAGAGGAAGCGAUGCUGGACCCACACCUCAGGUUCUGCCUCUGAAAAGUAGUCUUACCCUGAGCUCUCAAGAUGAUAGCAACCAAGACGAUGAUGGCCAAGAUAGCUCACCAAAAUGGCCAGAUUCUGGCUCAAGUUCAGAAGAAGAAUGCACUACUAGUUAUUUAACCUUAUGCAAUGAAUAUGGGCAAGAAAAGAUUGAACCAGGGUCACUGAAUGAGGAGCCUUUCAUAAAGACUGAAGGAAAUGGUGUUGAUACCAAAGCUGUUGAAGGCUUCCCCACGCACCUUGUUGCUGGCAGCGACAGCCCCAGCACCCAGCUGAUGGCACAUGAGCUUAAAUUCUUCCCUGGAAAUGAUGACCUGGAAACAGUUAGUUCUCCAAGGACAUCAGAUUCCCUCAGUAGAUCUAAAACCAGCUCCAUGGAAUUCUUUAGGAUAGACAGUAAGGAUAGCACUAGUGAACUCCUAGGACUUGAUUUUGGAGAAAAAAUGUAUAGUCUAAAGUCAGAGCCUUUGAAACCAUUUUUUACUCUUUCUGACGGAGACAGGAGUUUUAAUAUUAGUGAAAGCAAGGUUAUAGCUCAGGACACCAUUAGCAGGGGCUCUGAUGACUCUGUUCCAGUUAUUUCUUUUAAAGAUGCUGCUUUUGAUGAUAUCAGUGGUACUGAUGAAGGAAGGCCUGAUCUUCUUGUAAACCUACCUGGUGAAUUGGAACCAACAAAAGAUGGUGCAGCAAUGGGACCUACUAAGUUUACACAGACUAAUGUCGGCAUAAUAGAAAGUAAACUAUUGGAAGCCCCCGAUGUUUUAUGCCUCAGGCUUAGUGCUGAACAGUGCCAAGCACAGGAAGAAGAAGGUGCAGAAGAAUUGAGUGACCCCUCUAGGCUUCCAUCUGAUGGUAUAACAGAGAAACACUAUGUAGAAGGGGGUCCUGGGAUGUUAUUUGUAGCUGCUGUUGAUCAUAGUAGUUCAGGCAUUUCCUUGAUGCAUAGCCCACAACCUAACUUUCAAGGACUUGGAGUGGUCGAGUCGGCAGUGACUGCAAACAACACAGAGGAAAGCGUAUUCCCUGCUUCUGACCCACUCUCAGGUGCUAACGCAUACAAUGCAGACACGGACACUUUAAAAAGUGAGGAAGUAUUGCUGUUUACAGAUCAAGCUGAUGAUUUGGCUGAAGAGGAACAGACUUUAUUUCAGAGAGACUCUGCGACUAAGGAAGCCAGUGGGCUAGCACUAGAAGGAGACAAGGAGAUACAUCAGAUUUUUGAGGACCUUGAUAAAAAAUUAGCACUACACUCCAGGUUUUACAUCCCAGAGGGCUGCAUUCAGAGAUGGGCAGCUGAAAUGGUGGUAGCCCUUGAUGCUUUACACAGAGAGGGAAUUGUGUGCCGCGAUUUGAACCCAAACAACAUCUUAUUGAAUGAUAGAGGACACAUUCAGCUAACGUAUUUUAGCAGGUGGAGUGAGGUUGAAGAUUCCUGUGACAGCGAUGCCAUAGAGAGAAUGUACUGUGCCCCAGAGGUUGGAGCAAUCACUGAAGAAACUGAAGCCUGUGAUUGGUGGAGUUUGGGUGCUGUCCUCUUUGAACUUCUCACUGGCAAGACUCUGGUUGAGUGCCAUCCAGCAGGAAUAACUACUCACACUACUUUGAACAUGCCAGAAUGUGUCUCUGAAGAGGCUCGCUCACUCAUUCAACAGCUCUUACAGUUCAAUCCUGUGGAGCGUCUUGGUGCUGGAGUUGCUGGUGUUGAAGAUAUCAAAUCGCACCCAUUUUUUACUCCUGUGGAUUGGGCAGAACUGAUGAGAUGAACAUAAUGCAGGUUAUUUGCAUGCAUUCUGACCUUCUCUGGGCAGGCAUCCCCAGCACAGAGGCAGCGCAGCCUCGGUUUCUUUGGAAGCACCAAAGCAUUGGGAUAAACACCUUGAGAGGAAAUGGAGGAUAAAAAGCCUAAAAGAGAACAAUUCCUUACAGUUACCACCUGGACAAGAUAUCGGUAUAUUGCAAGAGGCUGUUUUGUACAAACCUUUAAUGAAGGUGUGAUCUUUUUUUAACUACACUUAGUGUUGCAGAUGAGUCGUAAACCCAACUGAAAGGAAUGCCCAUCAAGAACUUCCUCUGGUAUGAAACUCCAAGUGUACAAUCAAGUGUUACUUGAGAGGAGGACCUUUACAUGGCAGCUAACCACGCUUUCUGCUAACCAAGAUUGGUUUAUAUGAUCAAAUUAAUAUUUGUUGAGUACUAUAUAAAAAGUGCUUCAUGAAUAAUGACAUCUGUGGAGAUUAAAAAGUGAGAGAAAAAAGAAUAUACUCAUCAUGUCUGAUAGGAAACUUGCACCACAAUGCUGUAUAAUUAAUAUAUGUUGAAUAUGAUCCCGAAUUGUUUCAUGCUUUCAGAAGUCCACAUGGAAAGAAAACACUUCAUGGGGUCAACUUUGUACAUGGUUGGUUGGUACUGCUUAUGGAAGGGUUCAUAUAAACACUCUCUUCUCUUUGACACUAUCUUUCUUCUUCCCUGGCCUAUUCUGUAAUAUUCUGUUCUUCCUACCCCUACUAAUACAUAACAAAAAAGGGAAGAGGGAGUAUUUAUGUCCCCAAAUUGUAUCAGCUUAAUAAGGACUAAGAAAUCAUGAUGUGAAAUAAAUGUAAAAAAUUAAAUCUGUCUUUCAUUUAA